UAUAUUUUUUUGAUUUCCGAACGGCAACGAGGAAAACAUGGUGACUGGUAUACACACCAACCUAUUUCAAAUUAUAAACCGAAACAAAACGAUCUGAACUACUGCACUUGGCUUUUAGUUUAUCGUUUCGUCUCUCCGAAGUGGUUUGUGUCAACGGCCAAUCAACAUCAUGAAAGGCGUCGUUGACCAAGUUUUUGUUGCUUCAAAUGUACAACCUAUUGUCACUACCAACGAGGUGGGCCAGUUCAUCUCGUCAGACUCUUUGGACUGUGGAAUGGUGUUUGAUGAAUCAUCAAACAGGCCCAUAUUGAAAAUAUUUAACCAACAUGGAGGCACAGUAGAAGAAGAAGACGCUACCAAAAAAGUCAGCAGCAAAGAAUAUGUAAUUUUGAGACACAAAAGGAGUAAUAAGGUAUCCAUAUAUGGUGUAAAAACAGUUUUUCUAAAAAAACCAGAUUAUUAUAAAAUUCAAACAUAUACGCAAGGAGACCUGGCCAAUCACGCUGAAGAGUUUAAUUCAACUUUUAGAACUAAAAAAGUGUCUCGCAUAAUCAAAGCAAGAGGUAACGAUGCUAUUGAAACUUCGACGGAGAUAUUUGGAAUUAUCAAACCUAUGACUAAUGACAUAUCACAGUUAUCGUCAUCUACAACUCAGAUUGAUGAGUUUAAUAGUUAUUUGCCACUGGGAUGUAAUCGUUUUGCUACUAACAUUGAAGAUGUAUAUCCAGUAUCGACUCUGUUGUCGGAAAACGAAAUAGAUUUAAUGACGGACUACGCAAAUGAAGUUAUAACUAUGAUACCAGUUCCUGAAGACAAUGAGGAUUUGUCCAAGUUUUUCAUAGCCAACGUAAACAGACUGCCUCAAAAAAAUGUACAAAACAUAUGCCUUCUUACUUUGGCUGAUGCACUUGUUACUUUACUGUUUUUAAAAAGCGAAGACGUGAAUAAAAAUUAUGCUAUUUAUCCGAACAGUGAAUUGAUUAACAGCAAAGUGUUAGAUCACUUUACUGAAUACAGUAUCACAGGAAGGGAUAUUUCUUCAAAAAUGAAAGAUAAAGCCGUAUGCCAUAUAAUUAUUGUGAUGCUUCUGAUUAACAUGACUUACUUGGACUUGAGUUGGAUAUCACAAUUUCUUCCUGGAAAAUGUCAAAAAAGAUUAAUAAUGCUUAUGCGAGUUGUUGGAGCUACAGCGACAAAAGAAGACAAAACUAAAUUUACAUUAAAAAUUCCAUUGGCCGCAUUGCCUACAUAUCAAAGGACACCGAAAAGAAAACGUUAAUCAACAAAUAGUUUUUAAUAACAAAAAAUGUAUAAAAAAAUUUAAAAAAAUUGAUUAUUUUAUUUUGUCGACAAGUAAUUUUUUUUAAUUUUGAUUCGUCACUUAUUUAUGUUUCGAUAUUAUGUGCUGUCAUUUUAAAUUUAUAUAGAA